AUGGUAACAGUAAUGGUAAUGGUAAAAGAGACGGUAAUGGUAACUGUGAUGGUAAGGGUAACAGAAAUGGUAACGGUGACUGACGAUGACGGUGACGGUGACGAUAACAGUGAUGGUAAUGGUAACGGUAACGGUGAUGGUAACGGUGACGAUAACUUUAACGGUAACAAUAAUGAUGACGGAAAUGGUAACGAUAACAAUAAUGCUGACGAUAACGGUCACGAUUACAAUAACGGUAACGAUAACAGUGACAGUAACGGUGAUAUUGACGAAAAUGAUGACAGUAACGGUAACAAUGAUGAUAACAGUAAGGAUGAUGAUAAUUGUCAUGAUGACGGUAACGGUAACGGUGAUGGUGACGGUAAUGAUGACGGUAAUAUUUACGAUAAUGGUGACUGUGAUGGUAACAGUGACGGUGACGGUAGCGGUGAUGUUAACAAUAAUGAUGACAGUAACGAUAACAAUGAUGAUAAUGGUAAGGAUGACGAUAAUUGUCAUGAUGACGAUAACGGUAACGGUGACGGUAAUGAUGACGGUAAUAUUGACGAUAACGGUGACUGUGAUGGCAACAAUGAUGAUGACGAUAACGGUGACGGUUAUGAUCACGAUAACGGUGAUGAUAAUAGUAAUGGUAACGAUAAUGGUAACGAUAACGUUACGGUAAUGGUGAUGGAGAUAGUAAUGAUAAUUGUAACAGUGACGGUGUGA